AGAGCGGAGAGUUGGCGUCUUCGGUAGGGUUGGUCCUGUCUGUAAGUACCGCUGCCCUGACGGCUGUGACACGGUAAAUACCGCUGCUGAGCGCGGGAGCUGCCAGCUGAGCCCUCGGUCCCCCUGCCGUCGGUGGCUGCGAGAAUCUCUGCUGCCGUGCGUGUGGGCCCCUCGCUGCAUGCGGUGCUGCCGGAGAUGCCCUUCUCAAAAUCGAAGCGUCACAAAAUGGCCCUUACUCAUUGCUGGCUUCUUCAAGCUGUGGCGGUACCGUUGGCAUUGCAUGGCGGCUGCUGGCACAGUGCUCACCCGGCACUGCUGGGAGCCCAAGGGCUACACAGGGUGGGUGCCGGCUGAAGCCAUGGGAGCUGUGUGCUGGGAGCUGUGCUCUGGCUGCUGCAGCCCCUUGGAAGUGAAGAGAAAGUAUUUGUUGUAGAAUUAAGUGUUUUGUCCACCAAACAUUAUAAUUUGAGGUAAACUGAGCGAAAGAUGGUUCGAGUUGAAGAAAGGACAAUAUUACUUAUUUUGAGAAUGCUGAAGCACAACUUUUUUUGUUCUGCUUCAAGCACUUUCCAGGUGAGAUUUUCAUCAGAAGAUUUCAGGCCGGUGUGUGUGGUACUGCUUCACCUGUGUGCAGAAGCUCAGAGUGGCAUUACUCAUUUUGGUGUUUUUUAACCUUACCUUAAGUGAGAGUUAAAAAAGUGAGACUUAACCGGUCAGUGUGCAUGUGUCACAUAUGCUAUUAUCCGUGCAAUUAACUUGGAUUCUUUGGUACCCGUUUGCUCCCCAGCACAUUGUGAAUAUUCACAAAUGGAAUAUUCAACUUUUAGGGAUAUCUCUGUAUCCCGAUGGCUAACUGAAAAUGAAAAUACAGAGUGAGCAUGCUAUUGGUUGGGGAAAUAAAACAUUUUGCAAGGAACUUGCUCACCAGCAUAGACUUCUGCUGUCAGUCAGCCAAGAGCGAACUUCUAGCUCUUAGCAAAACAUGAGUUCUGCAUUAACUCAUCAGUCUUGCCUCUUACCCUAUGUUCAGUACUGAAAUUGGUGUCAUUAUGGCAAACUAUGCAGUUUGACAUCAGCUGGGGAUGUUCUUUAGGUUUACUGCUGAGGCAAGGAGGGCUCUGACUCCUGUGGUGCGUUGGGUAUGGGGUGACACCAGCACUGCUUUUGGGGAGGGAGAGAAAAGGGAGGAGGAGCAGAGAGGAGAGCACCUGCAUUCCUGUUUCUCCACUGAUUGCCCUCAGGUUGGCACUUGCAUCCAGUUACUGCUUGAAGUUGCUCCAAUUAGGAACAUUAGGUGUUUGAGAUGCAGCUGUUCAAAUUCAUAAGUUCUCUUUUACUGUUUUACUUUGCAAAACCUGAAACUAGAAGACUGCUGUGUGACAUCCACUAAAACUGUUAAUAGGUAUGACUGGGUACCAACACAUGAGUGCUUUCUGGAACAUGCAUAAACAGCAAACAGAAGCCCUCCUCCUUAAAUACCUCAGGACAUCUGUAUGGGAAAUGUUGAGUCACGGCCUGAACUACUGAUUGAUCACCUGGGGAAGAGACCCGGUCAGCCUUGGGAGCACAGGUGAAGGCAAUUCAGCUGUGUGAGCAGAAGGGGUGGAGCCUGGCUGCACCUCUCUUAGAUCCCAUUUAAGGGCUGACUGCCACUGGCAAAGGAUUUCUGGUUGGAGAUCCCUCCUUUUGGAGUUUUCUACUGUGAGCCUAGGACACAGGAGUUCUUUCUGACUGGGCUGAGUGCUUGCCCUCACAGGAGACGUUUCUUCAGCCUGCAGCAGUGGUGAGCUCCGACACACGCUGGUCCCGUGGUUUUCAGUGCUGUGGGAUGAGACCUCCUGGUCAGCUCAGCCCCAAGGGGAGAGCGCAGGAGAAGCUGGACAGAGCGGUGCCACUUGCUGAGAGACUUGGCACGGUCAGGAAUACAUUGAAGGCUGUCAAGAGGAAUUUAGUUAAGGGUUUUUCCACCAUGUUCGGAAAGAAAAAGAAAAGGCUUGAAAUUUCUGGGCCCUCUAACUUCGAACAUCGUGUCCAUACUGGCUUUGACCACCGGGAGCAGAAGUUCACAGGACUACCUCAGCAAUGGCACAGCUUGCUGGCAGACACGGCCAACAGGCCAAAGCCUAUGGUGGACCCAUCAUGCAUCACUCCCAUUCAGCUCGCACCUAUGAAGACUAUUGUUAGAGGAAAUAAGCCUCGGAAGGAUACUUCAAUCAACGGCUUGCUCGAAGAGUUUGACAAUAUCUCCGUGACUCGAUCCAACUCCCUGCGGAAGGAAAGUCCUCCCACGCACCACCAAGGCAAUGCAAACCAUGUGCCAAGGCACCAGGAGGAAAAUGGGUACAUCACAUAUUCGCAGUACUCCAGUGAGUCAGACACAACAGACUAUGUCAUGGACAAGUAUAGAGACAAGACUCUCUAUGGGGAAGAGCUAGACAGGUACUACAAAGGGGGCUACGCUGCCAAGCAGAAUGGGCACAUGAUGAAGGUCACUUCCAGAGACAUCUAUUAUUCAGAAAUGACACCCCUAAAAUCAGACCUCUCCAGGUUCCUCCCAGAUUACCAUGCACAAGUGGAGGCGAAGCCCAAACCACUCGAAUAUGGAGGUCUAAAGCUGGAGUACCAGAGGAUUCCCAGUGGAUCCUCACUGGACUACAGAGACCCCUUCCCUUACGCCCUGUCCCGAGCAUCAGUGCAGAGCGAGUGCCCCAAGGAGAGGCUGGAGUACAGCGACGGCGACUGGGGGCACAGCCCAGCCAAGGAUGACUAUGACAAGAGGCCCAAGUCAUCCUACGUGGACCCGGCGAGCCCUCAGCCAACCAUGAGGCAGAGGUCCAGGUCGGGCUCUGGUCUGCAGGAGCCAGCCAUGCCCUAUGGAGCAAGUGCAUUUAAAGCACACCAGCAGGGACACUCCUACAGCUCCUACACCUACCCUCGCUUGUCUGAAACCGCAGCAGGCAUCUCCAAGGUGGAUUACGACCGAGCACAGCUGGUAGUUAGCCCACCACUCUCUGGAUCGGACACCUACCCAAGGGGCCCAGUAAAGCUACCUCAAAGUCAAAGUAAAGUCAGCUAUUCCAGCAGCAGCUACCAGUACCCUCUGGUCUACCACAAAGCAUCCCACUACCACCAGCCAUCACUCCAGCCAAGCUCUCCCUAUAUUUCCACCGCCUCCUACCCCAGCUCCCCAAGUAUCACAUCAAGUGCUUAUCCCCCGCCCAGCUGGGGCUCUUCCUCAGACCAGCAGCCCUCCAGGGUGUCCCACGAACAGUUCAGGGCUGCCCUGCAGCUGGUCGUCAGCCCUGGUGAUCCCCGGGAGUACUUGGACAGCUUCAUCAAGAUCGGGGAGGGCUCCACAGGGAUAGUCUGCAUUGCCACCGAGAAGCACACGGGAAAGCAAGUCGCUGUGAAGAAAAUGGAUCUCAGGAAACAGCAGAGGAGGGAGCUGCUGUUCAAUGAGGUUGUAAUCAUGAGAGAUUACCAUCACGAAAACGUGGUUGACAUGUACAACAGUUACCUUGUCAGCGACGAGCUGUGGGUGGUGAUGGAGUUCCUGGAGGGCGGUGCUCUGACAGACAUCGUGACUCACACCAGGAUGAACGAGGAGCAGAUAGCGACUGUCUGCCUGUCUGUCCUGAGAGCUCUGUCCUACCUGCACAACCAGGGUGUCAUCCACCGUGACAUCAAAAGUGACUCCAUCCUCCUCACCAGCGAUGGGCGGAUCAAAUUGUCCGACUUCGGGUUCUGUGCCCAGGUGUCCAAGGAGGUGCCGCGGAGGAAGUCGCUGGUUGGGACACCGUACUGGAUGGCACCAGAGGUGAUAUCACGCAUGCCCUACGGCACUGAGGUGGACAUCUGGUCUCUGGGCAUCAUGGUGAUAGAGAUGAUCGACGGUGAACCUCCCUACUUCAAUGAGCCGCCACUGCAGGCCAUGCGCCGAAUCCGGGAUAACUUACCGCCCCGCGUGAAGGACAUGCACAAGGUCUCGUCUGUCCUCCGGGGCUUCUUGGACUUGAUGCUGGUGCGGGAACCCUCACAGAGAGCCACGGCGCAGGAACUAUUGAGACACCCAUUCCUUAAGCUGGCCGGGGCCCCUUCUUGCAUCGUGCCCCUCAUGAGGCAGCACCGGCACCGCUGAAUGCAGCAACUUCUCAGGAGGAGAUUGGUGCAGGGGCCAGGUAAUGGCAAGGCAGGAAUCCCUGCGGUUGUGUUGGAACCACGGGAAGGGGUGAGGAAACCUUGCGUAAGAAAACCCGCCCCACGGAAAUAACGUGGUGUAUAAAACCCAAAGGGGUGCUCCAUGGGGGUGCAAAGGACCCGGGGGGUGAGCCUGGCCCCCACGCGGUGGGGGGGGAUGUGUGCUGUGGCUGCACCAUGCUCUCAUCUUGGCCAUCCAGGCAGAAGGUGCCAGAUGCAAACAAGGGGGGAAAGAUAAUGAACAGGAUAGCACAACCAGAGCGAAACACCAGGAUUUUGAAAGUAAUGGCUAUGGCACUUCUACUUCAGAAAAACACUGUUCUGACACAAAAAAAAAAAAGCACUUUUUUAAUCUCAGUCAUAGCAGUGUAAUGUAUUUUGAAAUGAAUUUGUAAUUUUCUGUACAGUACUUUUGAUAAUUUGCAGUACUUUGUCAUGUAACCAUUGUGCUAGUUGAAGUAAUAUGUGUAACUUAGCAAGAAUUUGAGAAGAUAAAAAUGUUUCCUACUUUUUUUUU